GUUUAAGGCCGUUUGUCGUUAGUAAAAAAUGAGCUCUGCGACGGCGGAUAUUGCAGUGGGUCCCCUCGCCUCCAGUCUCUUUGAACUUUCUUUGGAAAAUGCUCUCGGCUCUUAUUUCACCAGCCGUUCCUGACGUUAUCCAUUCUUCUUAGUGACUUUCUUACCCGCCUCGUUGUGGUGGGGCUAGGCAGGACAGCCGGCGGUUGGCUCCUCGGUGGACUCCUGCGAGGGCCCUGCAUCGGGCGUGCCGUGGCAGCGGAUGGCAGUGGCUGUUGGCGUGUAGCCUGCGAGUUGUUGUGGAGCCCCGGAGGUGCACAGAGGUACGGUGUUGGUGUUGUGGGGGGCACCUGUCCUCUGGUCAGUGUUUGCCGCCCUGCUAUGCUCCUGCACGUGAAGUUGGCUGGGAAGGGCGUCUUUAUGAGAGCGAUGGGUGCUCUCUGUCAGCAUUCAAAGUAGUAAACAGAAGUGAUGUUUGGUGGAAAGCUUAAACAUAGAGCGGAGCUUCGCACCUUUUCUGAGGUAUGCUGCUUGGUUUGGUGUACGCCGUGCCUGCCCUCGUAGCACGUUGUCUUAGUCCACUACGAAUCUUCAGCUUGUUGUGGAAGGGGGUAUCUGCAACGCUGUGGUUGCUGUACUGGAAGUAUCUGAAAUUAUUUUCUGGGGGAAUGUUCCUUGUGCAUGAAAGAUUUAUCUGUUCCAGGAAGCAGAUGUGGUCUUGCAUGACACUGGUGUUCAGGUGGUUACAUUCUUACCUGCCUUGUAAACUACUGAUUCAAACUGAGAGAUAUGAAAGUAUAUAAUUGAAUCCCUCUUGUUGAUUGUCUGAUUUUUCUUAAGGUUGUGAUACAAAAUCAGUCUUAAUUUUUUAUAUGCGUUUUUAAUAAAAGUCUGAAGAACAUAGUGAUAUCUCUUAUUUGUAAGCCUGCUGUUGAAUGUCCUUGAGGAUCUAUGCGUAUAUCUGCUCGUUUUAAUUCAUUCUGCCGGGAAGUUUGUGGAUGGUUUAGUUGUAAUUCUUCGUAAUUUCAUUUUGAUAAAGGUGCUUAUAACUGAAAACUGCUUGCUUGGGUUGUCUGAGGAGCAGACAGGUGUUUGUGCUUAGAGUAGUUCUUUUCUGGGUAGAGUUCCAGAGAAGGAAAUCUUGAGUGUGAGAUUGUACGUGAAGCAUGGAAAGAGGAAGAGGUUUUUCAUCCCUCCUUUUAAAUACACAAUGUAUAUGUUGCCUUGUGAAGUGCUUGGCGCUCCUUCUCUCUCUUUUUUUUUUUUUUUUGUUUUGAGUUAUAAUCCCAGGAGGACAUUUUGUACUUUCAAGGAUGAAAAAACUGGGCAUUUGGUCAGGAUAUGGAUUAUGAAACAGCAGAUUACAAAUGGAAGUACCGUACAUCAACAGGGAGUUCUUACAGUGUGCUCUGUCGUUGUGACUAGCUGGAGGUGGCUCUGAGCGGUGCCUGUUCUCAACAUCUGGCCUGGCUCCUGAGGAGGGCCUGUAGGGAGACUUUGAGCUGUGGUGUGUGUUGCUUUGUUGGAGAAAGGAGUGCUGGUGUUAUUGAUGGAGUGAAGGUUUGUGAAAAUUCAGAAUUUUCAAGUGUUUGAUUUCUAACCUUUGUUUUUGAAAGAGUGAUUUGCUCACUUGUUGGAAAUGGGGAAACUUGAAAGAUUCUUCAAAUGUUUUCUGGUUCUCGCUGUGUUCUUUGUGGAAGGCGUAUUCACAUCCCAAACUGUACAGAAACUGCAAUACAAUUACCAGAAUACAGGGAGAAGGUAUUAGAAAAUGCACUCUUACUCCUGUCUGCUCUAUGUUGCAGUUCCUUGUGGUGGUUGCAGGUUUGAACUUUCUGUAUAUGCAGUUCUUUGUGGACUGUUACUGCUGUUGUGUUGCCUGCAUUGAUUUUUGCCUCCAUUUAUUCUUUAUUGCAGUCUAAAAGUUGGUUUUAAUUGGUUGCCCACAGGAUUGGCUUGGCUUCUGCUACUUGUUAAGAAAAAAACAUCUGUCUUUGCAGGUGUGUGUUGUUUCAGCGCAGCAUGGCUGUGGUCAUCCGCUUGCAAGGUCUCCCGAUUGUGGCGGGGACCAUGGACAUUCGCCACUUCUUCUCUGGAUUGACCAUUCCCGAUGGGGGCGUGCAUAUUGUAGGGGGUGAACUGGGUGAGGCUUUCAUCGUUUUUGCCACUGAUGAAGAUGCAAGGCUUGGUAUGAUGCGCACAGGUGGUACAAUUAAAGGGUCAAAAGUAACACUGUUACUGAGCAGUAAAACUGAAAUGCAAAACAUGAUAGAGCUCAGCCGUAGACGUUUUGAAACUGCCAAUCUAGAUAUGCCGCCAGCAAAUGCUAGCAGGUCGGGAGCACCACCGAGUUCCGGGAUGAGUGGAAGGGUUAACUUGCCUACUACUGUACCUAACUUUAAUAAUCCUUCUCCUAGCGUAGUAACAGCUUCUACUACUGUGCAUGAGAGCAAUAAAAACAUAUCCACAUUUUCUACUGCCAGUAUGGGGACUGCACCUCCAAAUCUUGGGAGUACUUUUGGUAGCCCCACGUUUAGCUCGACCAUACCUAGUACAGCAUCCCCAAUGAACACAGUACCUCCUCCACCGAUCCCUCCUAUUCCAGCUAUGCCGUCUUUGCCACCAAUGCCUUCUAUUCCUCCAAUUCCUGUUCCUCCUCCUGUACCCACACUGCCUCCUGUUCCUCCGGUUCCACCAAUACCCCCCGUGCCCCCAGUACCCCCAAUGACACCUAUACCUCCCAUAUCAGGAAUGCCUCCUCUGAAUCCUCCACCCGUAGCACCUUUACCCACUGGAAUGAAUGGGUCUGGAGCAGCAGUGAAUAUGAACAGCAGCUUGAAUCCAUUGUUUAUUGGUCCCAUGAAUCCUGUAAAUCCUAUCCAGAUGAAUUCUCAAAGUAGUGUCAAACCAAUUCCAAUCAAUCCAGACGAUUUGUAUGUCAGCGUUCAUGGAAUGCCCUUUUCUGCGACAGAAUCUGAUGUGAAAGAAUUUUUCCUUGGGCUCCGUGUGGAUGCGAUCCAUAUGCUGAAGGAUCAUGUAGGUCGAAAUAAUGGAAAUGGACUAGUUAAAUUUUUUUCUCCUCAAGAUACAUUUGAAGCACUGAAACGAAACAGAAUGCUGAUGAUUCAGCGGUAUGUUGAAGUUAGUCCCGCGACAGAGAGACAGUGGGUGGCUGCCGGAGGCCACAUCACAUUCAAGCAAACCAUGGGCCCCUCUGGGCAACCACACCCUCCUCCUCCACAGGCUCAUUCUAGGUCCAAAUCUCCCAGUGGACAGAAAAGAUCACGGUCGCGGUCUCCCCACGAGCAGGGUUUCUGUGUUUAUUUAAAAGGUCUUCCCUUUGAAUCGGAGAACAAGCAUGUGAUAGAUUUUUUUAAAAAGCUGGAUAUAGUUGAAGACAGCAUCUAUAUAGCUUAUGGACCGAACGGGAAGGCAAUUGGAGAGGGUUUUGUGGAGUUCAGGAAUGAAGCUGAUUACAAAGCAGCUUUGUGUCAUCAUAAGCAGUACAUAGGGAAUCGUUUUAUUCAAGUUCAUCCAAUUACUAAAAAGGCAAUGUUAGAGAAGAUAGAUCUGAUUCGUAAAAGGUUGCAGAAUUUCAACUAUGACCAGAGAGAGAUCAUCAUGAAUGCUGAGGCGGAGUCAGGCUCGCCAAAGUUGUGUGCACAUAUAUCUAAUAUUCCGUACAACAUAACAAAAAUGGAAAUUCUUCAGUUUCUAGAGGGACUGGCAGUAGAAGAAAACUCUGUACAAAUUCUUGUUGAUAAUAAUGGACAAGGUUUAGGACAAGCACUGGUUCAGUUCAAAGCUGAAGAUGAUGCUCGGAAAGCAGAGCGUUUGCACCGUAAAAAGCUGAAUGGAAGAGAUGUUGUUUUACGUUUGAUUACUGUAGAAGAAAUGAGAGAUAUUGAGAGAAACCCACCGUCUCAAGGGAAGAAGAUCCUAAAAAUACCAAUACAAGGAAACGCAGCUGUGCCGGGAGCGCAGCCCCCUGCUGGGGAUGAGCAUGCCUUCCUGGGAGGAAAUCCUAAAGAUGCAAACAACGGUCCUCCGUUCAAUUUCCCCGGUAACUUCAGUGGGUCUGGCACAUUUGGACCUCCUCUGCCACCACCUGGAAUAGGUGGCUUUCCUGAUGCUAGACCGGGAAUACCUGCGGUUGCAAGUGCUGGUUUGCCUGGUGCGGGUAUUGAGGUCCCAGGUUUUGCAGGUGGCCCUGCUAAUUUGAGUGGACCAUCAGGUUUUGGAGGGGGCCCGCAGAGUUUUGGUAAUGGUCCUGGCAAUUUAAGUGGACCCCCUGGCUUUGCUGGUGGCCCUCCAGGAAUUGCUGGUGGUCUUGGGCAUUUAGGUGGGCCUCCCGCGUUCGGACCUGGACCAGGAAAUAUACAUAUUAGUGGACCCCCAGGUUUUGGAACAGGGUCUGGGAAGCCAGGACCAACCGUCAUUAAAGUGCAAAAUAUGCCCUUCACUGUUUCGGUGGAUGAAAUUUUGGAUUUCUUUUACGGUUACCAAGUGAUCCCUGGUUCAGUGUGCUUAAAAUACAAUGAAAAGGGCAUGCCCACGGGAGAAGCAAUGGUUGCAUUUGAGUCUCGUGAUGAAGCGAUGGCAGCAGUCGUUGAUUUAAAUGACAGGCCUAUAGGCUCAAGAAAAGUAAAGCUUGUUUUAGGGUAGCUGUUAAUAUGGAAUAGUUGUAGAAUAGAUAUUCAUAGUGCUGUGAUAAAUGCAUCUGGAUUGGUUUUUAUAGUAUUUCCAGGGUAGAACCUGUGGAUUGUUUAAAUUGUAAACCAGACUUGUUUUGAUAAGACAGAGCACUGGGUUAGCCGUGAGAGAAGAAACACUGCAAGGAUACACGCGCAGUGGAUUUUCCCGUACAAACGUGUGGAGAAGGUAGGCAGGUUAUUUUUCAUCGUAGAAGUUUGGUGAACUAUGCUGGACUCAGUGCUUAUCAAGGAACCUUAGCUGGUUUUUCGUAGUUUCGGAUAAGGGAAAUAGACGAAGGCGGUGAAGCUCUUCAGUGAGUGCUCUUGCAAGCCAUUGUAAAAUAGAUAGCUAUUUCUAGAUUUGGUUAAAAGCUGGCUGAAUUUGCUUUGUUUACAGGUCAAAGCUUUGUUUAAAGUCCUGAUUUUACUCUGCAACUGAACGAAUUCUGAGUGUACACAGAUUAAUUGUUUUGUGUAUGUAUUUUUAUUUCUUCCAAGAUUCUCACUGUAUGAACAGGUGAAUUAUGCCCAUUGCUGAUGUGUCUACCAAACUAAUUCCUAUAAGUAUGAGCAGAAUCGUUCUGUAAAAUUCAAGCUGUUUUUUGUGGAAUAACCUUUAGUUAUUUAUAUAUUGCAAUUAUAACUGUGCAGAAUAAGACUUUUGCCACGAGUAUAGCUAACCUCAAACAUUACAUGAGUUUUAUAGUACGUUUAAAACAUUUGCAGUAGAAGUAACAACUUGAAAAUGCUCAUUAUUGUUUAAGUAGCUUGAUUUGUUAGGAUUACAUGAAUCACUUGCGAUAGGAUCUUUGACGCUAGGUGGAUAUGGAUGUUGUAUUUCUCAUGUGUCUCUUGAGCUCCUUACAUAGAGUCUCUGCUAAGAGAACCAAAGCGGUGAUUAUUAGUAGAAGAUUGGAGUCCAGCUAAAGUUUUAAAUUAGUUUAUAUAUGAAAGAAGCUUUUAUCUUCAGCAACUCUGUCAUGAAUUACUGCUAUGGGUGAAUCGAGAGGUAAAAAUUUAUUUUUCUCCAAAACUUGAAAAUACUGAGUUUACUAUAUAUUUUUGCAAUAAACUUGUGCUGUUGUUGUAUUCCAAGUCUGUAAAGAGUUGCCAUUUUCUUUGCUGUACAGUAAAACCCUUUCAUAGAAAAUUGGAAAGGAAGUAAUAACACGAGUGAGAAGUAGAAAUUUUUGGUUCAUCCUUGCUUGGCUUGUGAUAAAUUUUCAGAUUUGGGCAAUGCCUGAAAAAUCCUGCUAUUCCCUGCAAAUCAUUGUACUUAAACAUAGCAAUCUUUAAACUUUUCUUUUUAAUUUUUUUGGACAAGGAAAAACAGUGCCUUUUGGCGUUGCCUAUCAUGGAACACUGAGGUGUAUGGUCAGGCAAAAUUGAGAGGUGCAAGUGGCAACAGUUUUAUUCCUGUGGUGUGUAGGAGAGCUUUGGAAACCUGUGCGGCGCUGCAUCCUGAGAGGAUUCCCCAGUACAGGAAUGUGUGGAAGGAUUGUACAAAGGUGUACUUCAAUAAAGAGGCGGUUGCAUUACACAGAUGCUUCUGUAAUUCAUUAGCAUAAUUUUGUUUUGACAGGUUACUAGGUGGUCCCAACUUUGGAAAAGUCAUGUGAUUUGUAUAUACUGUUUAAAAUUAAGCCUCCUGUUAAUAAAGCUGUCUGUCUCUGAAGCUUCAUGUUAUGCGUUUCAACAGUCUUUGGGAGUAAUGUUUCUACAGCAGAUCUUUGUUUUUGUUUUUUUCUUUGAAAGUCUGAAAGUACUCUUGCUGAUGUCAGAAAGAUGUGUGAUUAGGAGUCAAGCUUUUCAGUUCAUUUUAAAAUUUUGCUCUUUGUUUUCUAAACAACUUUUAUUAAAGUUUCAUACUAUGUUGGAGUUAUUUGGGUGCUUGUUUCUUCGUGUUUCACAUUAGAAUAAAACUACCGAAAAGGAAAACUUGGCUUAAUUGUUCACAGAACUGAUUUGAGAUAUUUUAGUGUGUGUUGACUUGUGGAAACUGGUGAUAACUGUUUUUUCAAGUUUCAAUGAAUCACAGCAAUGCUUGCCUUGUUGUGAAAUGCAAUUAAACUACAGGUAUCUGGAA